AUGGUUGCAUUGUUCAUUUUUUGGGAGGUCUACUAUAGCGACAAAAUAACUCCCUAUUUUUUUGUUGUUUCUAUUAAGGUAUCUGAUAUGGACGAAAAUGGGGAAGACCAAGUUGAAUGUCGUUUGGGACCAAAUGACAAUUUUACUCUCCAAGCCGAUUCGCCCUCCUCCUCCUCCUCCUCCGGAGGCAAAUCCGAUCAUUUUGGAUUCGAUUCUGGGGCCUCUUUACCAGAGCAACUGAGCAAAAGAAUCAAUGAGUACCGAAUUCUUGCCAAGGUACCCUCAGAGCAUUCAUUCGUUACUUCCACAAAUCUCCAAAAUCGUUUGGACAGGGAGACGACGCCGACUCAGCUCCUCACCAUCAUCUGCAAGGAUAGGAAUGAAAAUCAAGCUGAGCGUCGAAUUCGAUUGCAUUUAUUGGAUAUUAAUGACAACCCUCCAGCGUUUACUAAUGGUAGCUUCUUCAAUUUCACUGUCUCAGAGAAUAGGGAGCCAGUUGGAAAUCAGCAAGUUUGGUUGGGUCGAGUUCAAGCUACUGAUCCAGAUUUGGGAGAAAAUGCUAGGAUCACCUAUCAUCUGGCUCCAGAACCAAAUGGCUACCAUGAUGGUCAAUUCGCUUCCGUUGCACAACAACUCUUUCGAGUUCAAGCAGACACGGGAGAUAUUUACGCUCAGAUAAGUCUAGACAGAGAGAAUGCUCCAGAUCACGGUGUCUACACCAUGAAUAUUCUUGCAGUUGAUCAUGGAAAACCCCAAUUAACUGGAACAGCUAGAGUUGAUAUCACGGUCCUAGAUGUUAACGACUGGCCUCCAGAAUUCACUCGAGAUAUUUACACUUUUGAAGUUCCUGAAGAUAUAGAAUUACGAAAGGUUGUCGGAGUGGUGGAAGCAAUAGACAGAGAUACCACAGCUGGACCAAACACUAUCACCUAUCGUCUGAAUCCUCCUAGAUCAGGAAUCGUGCAAAGGUCAUUGAAGAAUGAGAGUCUCGAGCGAGUGAAACGAGAUACUAUGCUUCUUCAUCAGCCCCUCUUCAUGCCCCAUUUGGAACCCUCCAAAGUCAGAGAUGAGAGACCACUGUCCUACUUCUCAAUCGAUAGCAGAACAGGGGAGAUUCGUGUGAUCAGAAAAUUGGAUCGUGAAACAAAUAGCUACUUCACAUUUGAAGUGCUUGCAAUUGAUUCUCCACUAUCAGGAUCUUCUCAAGUAUCUAUGACCCAGUCCUCCAACCAACUCCAACAAGGUUCAAGAAGAGGAUUCAAGGGGGGAGAAGUUUUUACAGCCACAGCAACGGUUGUUGUCACCCUGACAGACGUCAAUGACAACGCACCAGAAUUCCGCUAUCCAAACACAUCGAUUAUACUCCACAUGGCUCCAGGAGAAACCCUGGGACACAAGAUUCUCACUGUUCAAGCAAUAGAUACAGAUUAUGGCGAAAACUCUAGAAUCUCCUAUAGUAUUCGAUCAGAAAUUCCGAAUCCAUCUGAGGGCCCAGGGACGGGUAAUUUUGCUAUUGAUGAAACAAGUGGACUCAUCUUUCUAACUAGGCCCAUACAAGGACCGGUGAACCAUCGAUUAGUUGUUGAAGCUUGCGACCACGGGACUCCACCAAGAUGUACCUCAUCACCCCCUAUCCAAAUUGCGGUGUCUGAGGACGCAAAACUUGGCGGAGAUAGAGGUUCGGAAGUAGUCGGGGGUAGUGGAGGAGUACUAUCUUCACCGAACGGACCACUCGGUUUUCGUGGUUUAGACCGAUCCAACCCUGAUCCCCGAUACCCCGACUUAGAUGGUUUCUAUGGAGAUUUCUACAAUCCUUCCCCACCCCCACACCGUGUUGAAGUUAUUGCAGCUUGUCUCGUUGUCGUAUUUGGAGUUUUACUUCUUGCUGCGAUAGUUCUUGUCUGCCUUCUGAAACGACGUUCAUUGGGAAAUGGACAACACCAAAGGGUUCAACAGAACCCUCACAAUCAACAACAGCGGUUUGAUUAUGCCUGCACUCCGCUUUGGAAUUGUCAAUGGUCUCUCUUUAAGCACCAAAAGAAUGUGAAUUCCAACGGUAAGCGCGCUGCUCAACACUACGACCCGAAUCAUGUCCAGGAAGGCAUGGGUGACCCCCGAUUCUCUGAUGCUCAGAGUAUUGAAUCGUCUGUGGCGAAGGGAAUGCUUUCUACGGAUUCGAUCACAAAUGCAUUGGAGGAGGAAAAGAAACCGCUCUACUACGAUGGACUUGGGGUUCUUGCUCUGGACUCAAUGGGUCAUCGAGAAAUGCGCCAGCCAGUAGAAUAUUCUACAGCCAGUGGAAACGGAGGAAUGCAAGUUCCAGUUGUUUUCACAGGAAAUCCUCCACGUGUGUACGGAACUCUUCCGGUUGUUUCCACUAUCCUUUCUGACAGUCAUACUUCUGGCGGUACAAUGAUAGCAAGACCCGGUUUCCAUCAGAGAUCAUCUCGGGCGCAUCCUCAAACAAACAUCACUCCUCCUUCGCCAGACUAUCAAAGUCUAGACCAACUCGCUUCUCGACCUGUCUGGCAGACUAGUGGUGUAGAUAUGUUCACCUCGUCAAGAAACAAUCGCCAAAUCAAUAACCUCCCACCUCCAGCGUCUGCUUCUGGUUAUGGCUGUCUCAUCGAUCCACCUCGGAGAAAUAACUACUAUGAGGUAUCGAAUAACCCUUCGACAAAUCAUUCUCACCGACAAAGAAGUGCUACUCUAGGACGUCUGGUUACCAUGACAGAGGAAACCGACAAUGAGGAGGAAGGUGGACAAAUGGGUGGAGGUAGACGAAGGCAGGGCAUGUUGGGGUCUUCCAAUAAUGCGACCACCAAAUCUUACUCCCAAUUACAAGCGAUUACAACGGGAAAUACUGAGGAAAGUGGAGAGGAUAGAGACCGACCUACGAGGUACACUUAUCAGGCAAUACGAGAAGCAAGUUUUGUGUAA